AUGAGCCUCGACUACUCGUUCGUUAGAUUGCUCUUAUUGCUCUCCUUGUUUUGCUUCCAAUGUGUGUUUGGCAGAGAAAGAGCAGCAGAUUCAGUAGGCUUGCAGACCAUCAAUGUAGAUCACAAGGCUAAAAGCUCUUUUGUUUUCAAUGUCAAGAGCUUUGGUGCCAAAGCAGAUGGCCAAACCGAUGACAGCAAAGCCUUCACAGCAGCGUGGAAAGAGGCGUGUCAGUCCAAAGGUAGAGUCCACCUCAUAAUCCCAAGAGGAAAAUACAUGGUUGGCCCUCUUAAGUUUUCAGGCCCCUGCAGAAACGUAUCGGCUCUAAAUCUUCGAAUGAAUGCUACAACCGAGUUGUCCAAGUAUGAAUUCGGUGGCGGUUGGAUUCAAUUUGCUUGGACCAAGGGGCUAACCUUGACCGGAGGCGGAACCUUUGAUGGUCAAGGUGCUAAAGCCUGGCCUCACAACAAGUGCUCUAAGGACUCCAAUUGCAAACUCCUUCCAACUAGUUUGAAAUUUAUUGGCAUGAAUAAGACAGUGAUCCGGGGAAUAUCUUCAGUGAACAGCAUGUUCUUUCAUAUAGCAGUUGUAGAUUGUCAUUACUUCAAAGGCAGUAAACUCAAGAUUCAAGCCCCAGAAACUAGUCCUAAUACUGAUGGAAUCCAUAUCGAACGAAGCUCAAGCGUGUACUUCUCUUCGUCACACAUUGCUACUGGUGAUGAUUGCAUAUCAGUUGGAGAAGGGAACUCACACGUUACCAUAACUAGCAUUGCUUGUGGACCUGGUCAUGGCAUCAGUGUGGGAAGUUUGGGAAAAUAUCCGAAUGAAGGAGAUGUGAGUGGGCUUGUGGUCAGAGACUGCACCAUUUCAGGUACCACAAAUGGUAUUAGGAUCAAGACAUGGGCUAACUCUCCAGGUAGAAGUGCAGCCACCAACAUGACAUUCACAAACAUCGUCAUGAACAAUGUGACCAACCCCAUCAUAAUCGAUCAGUUGUAUUGUCCACUAAGGUCUUGCGCUUCUCAGACGCCAUCGAAAGUGAAGUUGAGUGACAUAUACUUCAAGAACAUAAGAGGCACAUCUUCGUCUCAAGUUGCAGUUGCACUUGAAUGUAGCAGAGGGAUACCAUGCCAAAAUAUUUACCUUGAAGAUGUUCACCUGAACUUGGCAUCUGGGAAGAAGGAAGUCACUUCAACUUGCAGUAAUGUUAAAGCCAAAUUCAUUGGCACUCAAAUCCCACCUCCAUGUACUUAA